AUGUCUGAGGCGAAAGGCUUCAUCGACGCUUCCGAUCAGGCGAACGCCAUCGUGCAUGGUCCGCAAGGAGAGAUGGACAUUUACCAUCUCUGGCUUUUCAGCCCCUCCAUGACAUCUUUCCAUCUCGGAUUAUCAGGCUAUCUUUGCGACGGCUUCGACAUUGGAUGGGUCAGCUCUGUCACGGUUCGCCUCUAUCAUGGCUUCAUUCACAUGGGGGAGAUCACUUGCCCACACAAGCCAAUAAUACCCGAGCCGGACAAUUUUAUCGAAAUCUUUUGGGGGCAGUCAAAGGAGUCCGAAAUGCAUAUAAAGAAUAUGAUGGCAUUCAAGCGCUUCUUCGAAGGCUUUAUGCCCAAGGUGGGUGCCAGCCAUGAGCCAGAUAUCGAGGGAUUGCCCACGGCCGACCUUGAAGUUUCCGCAAGUGGCCAUCAACUCAUGAUGUCAGUCGAUCUGGGACGAAUGCCGAGACUUAAACCUGUCGUUGAGAGCCUCACACUCUCUGGCGAUGAGUUCGAAAUCGUCAUGAACAUAGAGAAUCAAAGUCCAUUCGGACUCGACUUUAAUGGUAACUUCCAUUGUGUUCUUGAAAAAGAUGAAAAAGAGAUUGGAUAUCUGAACGGGGAACUGGCCAUUGGUAUCGACGGAGGAAAACAUGUCUUCCGAGGAAGGCUCCAUGAUGAAGCUUCCGGAACAGCAAUUUUGAAGGGAGACAGUUUUUUAAGCUCUGACAAAAAGGACUCUUGGCUACAGUAUGCUUUGAGACUAUUCAAAGUCGAAAUCAAUAUGGAUGAGAUCGUUGUCAAGACCAGCGACGAAUAG